AUGAUGCGCCGGUACCAAACAUCAUCAUCAGUCUUGAUGGUGGUUGCCUUGACGUUGCUCUUGGUAGCUGCUACCCAUACAUUGGCCCAAACGGUCAUUCCAUUCACCAAUCUUGGUGUUUCUGUGCCCGCAACAUUGACCGAUAAGGGUUGGGUUUAUUAUAGCGUAAAUCCAUCCUUGUUUUCAAAUUUGAAUGAUACGGAUUUUGUUUCCUUUAUGCUUACAUCAUUGAGUGGUGAUGCCGAUCUCCAUGUGAGUAUUGUGGGUCUUCCAAAUGGUCCUGAUUGUACCAAUUGUAUCUUUUCAUCGGAAACCCCAUUCAGCGAGGUUCAAACAAUUAGCAAGGGAGAUUCAUCAAAAUGGCCAACCGGAAACAACCCUUUCUAUGUUGGUAUUUAUGGUUAUACACAGGCUGAAGUUGUAUUCAACGUGUGGAGCUCUAAAUCCAUUGUCCAACUUACAGAAGGUCAGCCACAACAAGCCAACACAGAAAGAGGAACAUAUACCUACUUUAGAUAUGACUUGCAAAGAAGUGCUAAAACAAACAUCACUAUUUCAGUCACUCCUGUUGAUGGUGAUCCAGAUAUUUAUGUUUCUACAAAGACUGACAAACCAGACAGAUAUAAUUACGAGUACAGCUCUGCUUUGUAUGGAUUUGAUUUGAUUAACAUUAACCACGACCCAGAGGCAACUCAAGGAGUCCUCUCGUACUACAUUGGUGUUUACUCUUAUUCCAACACUCACUACACAAUUUUCGUGAGAAAUCAUCUUACUCCUGCCGUUCGUGUGGUUGAGGGCCAUCCAAUGUCUGAUUUGGUUGAAGCAGGUGAAAUGCUUUGUUUUGCCUAUGAAAAUCUUGUUCAACAACGUAUUUUGGUCAGUCUCUCUCCUUUGACAUCUCGUGGAGAUCCAGAUCUUUACAUUAGAUGGGGAGAUUGCCCAACAACAAGCAGUUAUGAUAUUGUCAGAAGAACAACUGGAAAUGAUGCUGUUGAAAUUGAGAAGGCCGACAGCCAAGCUGGAAGAAUUAUGUUUAUUGGAGCUUAUGGUUAUGCAAGAGAUACCAAAUUUGAACUUUUGGUAACUACUGAGGAACAUAAUACUAUCCUUUCUGAUGGUGUUGCUUUUGGAGCAAGCCUUCUUACUGGUGAAACUAAUUACUACAAAUAUUCUCAUGGAGACACCGAUAGUAGUGUUGUUGCCAAUGUCAGAGUUUUGAGAGGUUCUGUCAAAUUAUAUUCUGCUUUCCAUGCCAGACCCAAUCAAGACAAGUAUGAACGUGUUGCUGAAAUGGAUGGAGGUUUGAUUAACAUGAUCUUCCCUGCACCAACCAAGAGUGCCAACUAUUACUUUGGCGUUGUUGCUUCUGCUAAUGCUGACUAUACCAUCACCGUCUCCUCUUCCCAAGUACCAAGCAUUUUGAGAGAUGGUGUUGACAUGUUCUGGAAUGUUGUUCCUCAAUAUCACUACAGACAUUUCAUCUUUGAAGCUGCUGAUUUUGCCACAAAUGAUGUCUCAAUCACAGUUAACCCAUGGAUUGGAGAUGUCGAUAUUUAUGUUUCAACUGAUGACGAAAAUUUCCCAACAAAGACAAACUACACUUGGAUGAGUGAUUCUUGGGGUGAAGAUACUGUUCACAUUCCUGCUAAUGAUCCAAAAGCUAAAGGAAAGAAUAGAUUCCGUAUUUCUGUUUAUGGUUAUCGUGAGGUGAACUACUUCACUAUUUUGGCUAUGCAAUCCAAUACUACUAUUGCUCUUGUUGAUGAUGAAACUGUUCCAGGAGCUGUUGCAGUUAGAGAUUAUGUUUUCUACUCGUAUGAACUUGCUGCUCCUUCAACUAUUUCUAUUUCUCUUCACAUUUCCAGUGCAAAUUCCAGUGCUACUAUCUUCUACAGUAGAACCAAUCCAAAACCAAACAGACAAGACCAUGACGGAACGGCAUUGACUUUUGGAGAUGCUUUCUUGACUCUUGAACAACAACCAAAGGGAACCAUUUACAUCUCUGUUCAUGGAUGGAACAGUAUCACCGGACGCCCAAUUCUUUAUACACUCAAUGUCAGAACAAGCUAUCAACAUAUCUAUGUGAAUGGUCAAUCAUAUCUUGUUCACGUUGGUCAAGGAAAGACUACUCAAUUUAAGGCAUACAUUGGCUCUCAUAUCAAGACACUUGUUGCUUCUGCAACUCUUGUUUCCGGUAGCACAAAAAUGUACAUUGCCAACGAUAACUCUCCUGCCAACAACACUCAUUUCACUUUCCAAAACACUGAAUGGCCAGGAAAUGCAUUCCUCAUUCAAAACUCCAAUCCUGACUUCAAGAGUGGAUAUUGGUUCUUUGGUGUUUAUGGUAAUGUUGAUUCUGAUUUCUAUAUCAGCUUGACUGCAUACCCAUAUGUUGCUUGGAUGUCUGAAGGAGUGCCAGUUCUUGGAAAAGCUCCAACUGAUGGUAGCCCACUUAUUUACAGUUUCUGGAUCCCAUACACUGCAGACGACUCGAAACAAGAUUAUUCUUUCCACAUUAGACAAAUUUCUGGAUACACCGAUGUUUAUGCUCUCCAAGAUUACACAAUCAACCCAUCUCCUCAAAACUUUACCUUUAUCUCGUCAGGAUCAGUAGACAGAACAUUGACAUUACCAAAGGACAAGAUUACCUUCGGUAGAGCAAUUUACUUUGGUGUCUAUGGCAAAGCUGGAAGUGAUGGAAGCUAUCCAGUUUAUGAGGUUAGCAUGGCAACUGCUUCUGCUCCAAAAUUCCUCGGUCAGGAUCAACCACAAUCCCUCGUUGUUACUAAAGGUUCCUACAAUUACUUUGAAACAUUGAACAGAUAUGCCUCAGAUAAGCUCACAGUUUAUGUUGAGUCAUGCAAUGUUUAUCCUGCUCCAAAUAUUUACGUUUCUCAUAGACAUUUCAGACCAAAUGAUCAGACUGCAGAUACUAUUACUUCCACAGCCUCAUCUGAUUAUCCACACGAUUAUGUCCAAGUUGCUUCUGUGGAUGCAGCUCCUGUUGACAAGUUCUUUAUUGGUGUUGGAAAUGCCAAGAGUGAUAGUGUUUCUUCAAUUUAUGUAACCACAGGUGACGAUGCUAGACCAUCUGUACUCAACACAAAGAUGGACGGAGCUGAUCUCACAUCAAACGGUGAAACAGUUUUGAUUCUACAACCUGCCAAGCCAUCAUCCAAGCAAUCACCUGGAACUUUGUUGAGCUACGCUGUCUACACUGCUCCUAUUGGUCACGAUCAAGAUGAAAGCGUUUUGAACAUGCAAACAGUUUGUGGUGUUAAGGCUAGCGGUAACUUGGUUACCAAGGUUGCUGUUACUGACACCACUCAACAAGUGACCGCUAAAUUCAAGGUUGACAGAUCUCAAAAGUACCUCGUCAACGUGCUUGCUCAAGAUAACAAUGGUCUCUCUGUUCCUUAUAAGGCUGCCUAUAUUAUUAACGGACGUGUUGUUUAUGCACCAAUCAGUGAAGGCGGAGUCAACGUUCCUGCUCUUGUUAUUUCUUUAAUCCUCAUUUUCAUAUUUUUGGCUGUUCUUGCUUACAUUGGUGGUGGUAUGGGAUACAGAUACAAGAAGGGAUACAGAGGAAUUGAGAUGUUCCCUAACUAUGAAUUCUGGAAGAUGGUAUUCACAUGUGGUCGUUCUUCAUCCUACACUAGAUUUGAUGAUGAUAGAGUUAAUACUUCUGGAUUUGGAUCAACCAAUUCAUCUAGACAAGAAAGUCAACCAAUCACAAGUGGUGGUUAUGGUUCUAUUUAA